ACGUUAGGUUUUGCCUUACACGAUCGACGAAUUUGACAACAAAAUCGGUUUAUUUUCACUGCCUACGUCCAGUUUAUCGUUUGUUCAAAAUAAACGUGAUCUGCGCUGGUAUGAAGACGUUCAUAUGAAGACGUCUCUGUCUCUCCGCUGACGGUUUUAAAGCCACUCUCUUACGUCACCGAACCAACUUGUCGGUUUGCUGUCAAUGGCCUGCACUUUUGAGAAAGUGUUGUGCGAUGCGAGGACCCUUCUGGAGAGAUUGAAGGAUCACGACACAGCCGCCGAGGGUCUGAUAGACCAAACCGGGGCCCUGGGACUCCGGGUGCAGAGCAUGAAGGAGGUGGGGAACGCUCUGCCUGACAAGCACACAGAAGACAGCUCAGAGAUUCAAGAUCUGACCAAAUACAAGCCUCAUGUCCUCCUGACUCAAGAAAACACUCAAAUUAAAGAGUUGCAGCAGGAAAAUAAAGAACUGUGGCUGUCUCUUGAAGAACACCAAUACGCCUUAGAACUAAUCAUGGGUCGGUAUCGCAAGCAGAUGCUGCAGCUGAUGAUGGCAAAAAAGGAGCUGGACACCAAACCUGUGCUCAGCCUUCAUCAGGACCAUGCCAGAGAAGUGCAGGGCCAGGUGGAGCGGAUAUGUGAGAUGGGUCAGGUGAUGAGAAGAGCCGUGCAGGCAGACGAUCGGCACUACUGCUCUGUUCGAGAGAGGCUUGCUCAGCUAGAGAUAGAAAACAAGGAGCUUCGGGACCUUUUAUCCAUCAGCAAGGGGUCGGUGAAGAUAGAGAGAGACGACGCCAAGCAGAAAUCCCCACCAGCAGCGGAAUGGGAGCAUUCCCCACAGGCAUCGUCCGACGACUGAUCAGAGCACCAGGACUGAGAAAGCAGACUACAGGGUUGUGAAUUUUCUAGCGAAGGUCACUUGAACACAGCAUUUUAGCUUUCAUUACAUCUACCAGUGUGUGCACUCCAGGGUUAGGGAAGCUCUUUGUAGAGUAACUGUGUCAUCACUGCUGUCCUGCAAGUGAAUCCAUAAUCCGUGCUGUUGAUAUAAGAUGUGUAGCUGGUCACUAAGAUACCCAUCGGAAAAAGGACUUGUUAUGUCAGUUACUUUUAAGAGAUACAGUUUCUACCUCCUGUUUACUUUUACUAUAGUCCCAGUCUCAUUCACUUAGGAGUGAAAAGCCUGCAGAAACAACUGCUAGUGGGAAAGCCUGCUGGUACCCCACCCCUCUCCACACACACAGGGUAAGACUCUGUGCUCGCUGCCAAAAAACAAAAGACUCUUGGCCGUUUCACAAAGAUUCACCUGCUUCUUAUGUCAUAAUUGCUUUAUACUUUUAAUUUGUUUGCUGAGGGAUUUUUGUGGUAGGGAUCUAUUCUAAUUUUCAGAUUUAGAAGCAGUUUAAUUGUACCAGCUCAGUCUUUGUGCAAAG